AUGCUUUUUCCCUGUUUCUGUUUCCCCGGUUAUUUUCAUCUUUCUUUCUCUUCUCUGCUCACCCUCAGUGUCUAUAACUCUGUCUUUCAUUUUUUUCUGCUCUAUAAUCACUUUCCUUCCCCCCCCCACACUUUUUUUGCUUUUCAUUUCUUAAUUUCUUUUCCCUCUCUUAUUCUUUCCUUUGCUCUAUCCUUCCUUCCUCUCUCUCUCUCUCUCUUGGUUUGUCUUAACACACUCUUUCUAUCUACUGAAGGUUUUUUUCUUUCUUUCACCCUCCUUUCUAUUUUUUUCUCUAUUCGCUACCCUCUCUUUGUUUCAGUUAUUAUUCUCUCUUCAUUCUUUCUUUUCCUCUCCCGUCAAACUAUUUCGCCUUUCUCUCCUCUCUCUCUCUCUAUUUCACAUAUUAUUCUCUCUUCCUUCUUUCUUUUCCUCUCCCGUCAAACUCUUUCGCCUUUCUCUCUCUCUCUCUCUAUUUCACAUAUUAUUCUCUUCUUUUCUUUUUUUUCUCCCGUCAAACUCUUUUCACCUUUCUCUCUCUCUCUCUCUAUUUUCAUAUUAUUCUCUCUUCCUUCUUUUCUUUUCCUCUCCCGUCAAACUCUUUCGCCUUUCUCUCCUCUCUCUCUCUCUAUUUCACAUAUUAUUCUCUCUUCCUUCUUUCUUUUCCUCUCCCGUCAAACUCUUUCGCCUUUCUCUCCUCUCUCUCUCUCUCUCUAUUUCACAUAUUAUUCUCUCUUCCUUCUUUCUUUUCCUCUCCCGUCAAACUCUUUCGCCUUUCUCUCCUCUCUCUCUCUCUAUUUCACAUAUUAUUCUCUCUUCCUUCUUUCUUUUCCUCUCCCGUCAAACUCUUUUCGCCUUUUCUAUUCUCUCUCUCUAUUUCACAUAUUAUUCUCUCUUCCUUCUUUUCUUUUCCUCUCCCGUCAAACUCUUUUCGCCUUUUCUUUCCUCUCUCUCUCUCUCUAUUUCACAUAUUAUUCUCUCUUCCUUCUUUCUUUUCCUCUCCCGUCAAACUCUUUUCACCUUUCUCUCUCUCUCUCUCUAUUUCACAUAUUAUUCUCUCUUCAUUCUUUCUUUUCCUCUCCCGUCAAACUCUUUCGCCUUUCUCUCCUCUCUCUCUCUCUAUUUCACAUAUUAUUCUCUCUUCCUUCUUUCUUUUCCUCUCCCGUCAAACUCUUUCGCCUUUCUCUCCUCUCUCUCUCUCUAUUUCACAUAUUAUUCUCUCUUCCUUCUUUUCUUUUUCCUCCCGUCAAACUCUUUUCGCCUUUCUCUCCUCUCUCUCUCUCUCUAUUUCACAUAUUAUUCUCUCUUCCUUCUUUCUUUUCCUCUCCCGUCAAACUCUUUCUUUCUCUUUCUCUCCUCUCUCUCUAUUUCACAUAUUAUUCUCUCUUUCUUCUUUCUUUUCCUCUCCCGUCAAACUCUUUUGCCUUUCUCGCCUCUCUCUCUCUCUCUCUCUCUCUCUCUAUUUCACAUAUUAUUCUCUCUUCAUUCUUUCUUUUCCUCUCCCGUCAAACUCUUUCACCUUUCUCUCCUCUCUCUCUCUUGGUUUGUCUUAACACACUCUUUCUAUCUACUGAAGGUUUUUUUCUUUCUUUCACCCUCCUUUCUAUUUUUUUCUCUAUUCGCUACCCUCUCUUUGUUUUCAGUUAUUAUUCUCUUCAUUCUUUCUUUUCCUCUCCCGUCAAACUCUUUCACCUUUCUCUCCUCUCUCUCUCUCUAUUUCACAUAUUAUUCUCUCUUCAUUCUUUCUUUUCCUCUCCCGUCAAACUCUUUCGCCUUUCUCUCUCUCUCUCUCUAUUUCACAUAUUAUUCUCUCUUCCUUCUUUUCUUUUCCUCUCCCGUCAAACUCUUUUCGCCUUUCUCUCCUCUCUCUCUCUCUAUUUCACAUAUUAUUCUCUCUUCCUUCUUUUUUUCCUCCCGUCAAACUCUUUCGCCUUUCUCUCUCUCUCUCUCUCUCUCUCUAUUUCACAUAUUAUUCUCUCUUCCUUCUUCUUUUCCUCUCCCGUCAAACUCUUUCCUUUCUCUCCUCUCUCUCUCUAUUUCACAUAUUAUUCUCUCUUCCUUCUUUUUUUCCUCUCCCGUCAAACUCUUUCGCCCUUUCUCUCUCCUCUCUCUCUCUCUCUCUCUCUAUUUCACAUAUUAUUCUCUCUUCCUUCUUUCUUUUCCUCUCCCGUCAAACUCUUUCGCCUUUCUCUCCUCUCUCUCUCUAUUUCACAUAUUAUUCUCUCUUCCUUCUUUCUUUUCCUCUCCCGUCAAACUCUUUCGCCUUUCUCUCCUCUCUCUCUCUCUCUAUUUCACAUAUUAUUCUCUCUUCCUUCUUUCUUUUCCUCUCCCGUCAAACUCUUUCGCCUUUCUCUCCUCUCUCUCUCUCUAUUUCAUAUUAUUCUCUCUUCCUUCUUUCUUUUCCUCUCCCGUCAAACUCUUUCCUUUCUCUCUCUCUCUCUCUCUCUCUAUUUCACAUAUUAUUCUCUCUUCAUUCUUUCUUUUCCUCUCCCGUCAAACUCUUUCCUUUCUCUCCUCUCUCUCUCUCUCUAUUUCACAUAUUAUUCUCUCUUCCUUCUUUUCUUUUCCUCUCCCGUCAAACUCUUUCCUUUUCUCCUCUCUCUCUCUCUAUUUCACAUAUUAUUCUCUCUUCCUUCUUUCUUUUCCUCUCCCGUCAAACUCUUUCCUUUCUUUCUCUCUCUCUCUCUCUAUUUCACAUAUUAUUCUCUCUUCCUUCUUUCUUUUCCUCUCCCGUCAAACUCUUUCGCCUUUCUCUCCCUCUCUCUCUCUCUAUUUCACAUAUUAUUCUCUCUUCAUUCUUUCUUUUCCUCUCCCGUCAAACUCUUUCGCCUUUCUCUCCUCUCUCUCUCUCUAUUUCACAUAUUAUUCUCUCUUCUACCUUUCUUUCCUCCUCCCUUAAAAUUCUUUCGCCUUUCCCUCCUCUCUCUUUAUUUCAGUUAUUAUUCUGUCUUCCUUCUUUCUUUUCCUCUCCCUUCGAGUUCUUUCGCCAUUUUCCUUUAG